AUGGUCAACCGCUCUGACGUCAACUACUUCGGCGCUGGCCCCGCACCACUGCCCACCACGGUCCUGGAGAAGGCCUCACAGGUCCUUUUGAACUACAACGACAAGGGCAUCGGCCUUUGCGAGAUCUCCCACCGCUCGCCGGAAGCCAACAAAAUCCUCGACGAGGCCAAGCAGGCACUCACCAAUCUGCUCGAUAUCCCCGACGACUACGACAUCUUGUUUCUCCAAAGCGGCGGCAGCGGCGAGUUCAGCGCGACUGUCUACAACCUCGUCUCGAUAUGGGUGGAGAAGAAGCGCGCCAAGAUCGCAGAAGAGGUGGGCGACGACAAAGACGAGGUGCUCAAGCGGCUGCGGAAGGUCGUGGACGAAGAGCUCAAGCUUGACUACCUCGUUACAGGCUCCUGGUCGUUAAAGGCAUCGCAAGAGGCAGCACGUCUCGUAGGCGCCAAACAUGUCAAUGUAGCAGUAGACGCCCGAAAAGCAAAUGACGGAAAGUUUGGCAAGAUUCCUUCCGAAGACCAGUGGAAGCUCACGCCGCGAUCGUCGAACCCCGCCUUCGUCUACUUCUGCGACAACGAGACUGUGGAUGGUGUCGAGUUCCCUUCCUUCCCAAAGAGCCUUGAGGGCGAUGAUGCGCCAUUGGUCUGCGCCGACAUGUCAUCCAACUUCAUAUCCCGGAAAGUUGAUGUGCGAAAGUAUGCUGUCAUAUUUGGAGGUGCACAGAAGAACAUUGGCAACACGGGCAUUGCUAUCGUAAUAUUGCGCAAGUCACUCCUUCCGCCACAUUCAACACCGGCUUCGCCCGACCUGCUGAGAGAGCUCAACCUGUCUGUUGGCCCAAUUGUGUUGGACUACCCGACGAUCGCGAAGAACAACUCACUAUACAACACAUUGCCCAUAUUUGAUGUCUGGGUAGCUGGGCAAGUCAUGUCUGGACUUGUAAACUCCUAUGGUACCAAGCGUAUUGGUGGUCAGGAAGAGGUCUCGAAUGAAAAGGCCCGGCUAAUCUACGAGACGCUUGAGAAGUAUCCCGAUGUCUAUCGCGUCGUUCCGGACAAGUCUGCACGUAGCAGAAUGAACAUCUGCUUUAGGAUCGGCGGCGGAGAUGGUGACAAAGAGAAGGCUUUCCUAGCAGGUGCGGAAAAGAAAGGCUUGCUCGGCCUGAAGGGUCACCGUAGCGUGGGUGGCAUUCGUGCAAGCAAUUACAAUGCCGUCUCUCUGGAUGGCGCGAAGUUGCUUGUUUCGUACCUCGAGGAAUAUGCAAAGUCCGCUUAA